CUUCAAUUCAAGAUAUUACCACAAAAAUAUGGCUUUCUAUCACCACAUUCUUCUCUUUCUCAUCAUCUUUAGCUUCACAGCUGACUCCCAAGAGCUCUGGAGUGAAAGCUGCAAUGCCAAUAUCCCAGUAAAAAAAAACACUCCAUUGGAUUCAAACAUCAACACUUUGAUAACUCAACUCGUAUCAGGCACAACCAAAAAUGGCUACAUCGCCACCUCCUACGGUGCAUCAAACAACCAAGUUUACGGUCUCGCGCAAUGCCGGGCGGAUGUGACCGGGACUAAUUGCUCGAGGUGCAUUCGAGAUGCCGCGGAUAAAAUCCGCCAACUCUGCCCGGAUGGAUCAAUUGCCGGCGUAUUGUACGACGAUUGCCUUUUGAGGUACGACACGAGCAAAUUUGCGGGACGACUCGACACGUCGGACGGGUCGUAUGUUUACAAUGUUGAGAAUGUGACUGAUCCUGAUUCAUUCAACAAGAAGCUCAAAAUCUUGACGGGACAGAUCAGUUCUGAAGCUGUUAAGCCUGGAAACAGAGGAUUUGGCAGGGGAAAGAUUGGAUUGACAAAAUCAGAGAAUAUAUACGGAUUGGUUCAAUGCACGAUGGAUUUAUCACUGGCUUCUUGUAAACGGUGCCUGGAUACAGCAGUUGGGGACUUAACCAACUUCUGCCCGGAUAAGAAGGGAUGUCAGGUUUUGUAUAAUAGCUGCAUCCUCCGUUAUGAGCUAUACUCCUUCUUCUAGUCAUCUCUUCAUGCCAGAGAGCUAUCAUUAUAUCAGUUCAUGUUCCCCUGAAAAACCCUCCCUAAGUUAUAUUUACUGUAUGCAUGAUUUAUGAAUAAAAUCAGUUCCGUGGUGAAUGGCAUUAUGAAUUCAG